CCGUUUGCCGGGCUGGAGGACCCCGCCCGCUACCGUGGUGCGGUGGGGGAAGAUGACUAUAUUUAAGCGGUCCGUCCACAAUAUCCAAUCAUCACAGACAGCCGAGCAGUCGAGACAGCUCAAUAGGAGCUCCCAGCCCCAAAGCAACGAAAAUCACCAACAAAGCGGCACCUGCUCCUCGCGGUCAAACCACAGUAUCCUGCCCGGUGGCUCGCAUAUCCUUUUUCUAGUGCCUCAAGUGUGUGCUGGUGUGUGUGCUUGUGCCUGAGUGUACGUGUUGUGCUUUUGUGUGUGUGCGUUGUCGUCUGUUCGCAUCAGAGCAACCAUGAAAGUUUUAGUGGUAUUAGCCUGUGUGGCCAUCGUUGUGGCCCGCCCGGAACCGCCGGUCGGCGGCUACAGCCACCAUCACCACGGAGGCCACGGAGGACACAGCGGGUACAACUACAACGCGCCUGUCCCGGCGCACACGCAGCCCUUCGGACACCAGGCCCAGUUCUCGGGCGUAGCCCAGUCGGCCGGUGGCUCGUUCUCCGAUACGCUGUCGGGCGCCGUGACCGGCUCGUUCUCGGGCAUCGCCAACACGUUGAGCGCCGGGAACGCCUUCACCAACGCCAACAGCUUCAGCAACGCGAACGCCUUCACCCAGUCCAACGCGAACGCCUUCACCCAGUCCAACGCUAACGCCUUCAGCAACGCCGGAUCGUUUGUCGCUCCCCAGCAGCAGAUCGUCCAGAAGCACAUCUACGUGCACGUGCCGCCGCCAGAGCCGCAGCAGUCGUUCCAGCAGCAGAUCGUCGCGCCCGGCCUGCGCCAGAAGCACUACAAGAUCAUCUUCAUCAAGACGCCGCACCAGCAGCCGUCCGCCGCCCAGCUCGCCCUGCAGCAGUCCCAGACCGAGGAGAAGACGAUCGUGUACGUGCUGGUGAAGAAGCCGGAGGCGGUCGGCGACAUCAGCCUGCCGCUGCCGGCCGUCACCAAGCCCAGCAAGCCGGAGGUGUACUUCAUCAAGUACCGCACCAACACGGAGGAGGUGCAGGCGCCGGUCGGCCUCAACGUCGGCUCGUCCGCCACUGCCCAGGCCGAUGCCGGCGGUCUCGGCUUCCUCUCGUCCAGCGGGGCGGCCCAAAGCUCAGCCGUCGCCCAGAGCGCAGCCGUCGCCCAGAGUUCUGCCGUCGCCGGAGCCCAUUCGCACUCGAACGUUCCCGCCCAGCAGUACGGUACCCCGGCGCACCACCAUGGUGGCUACCACUAAGCCCUGAGCCCCCGCCUGGUAGUAGUCCUCUGCGCCCCGCUCACCCGUUAGCGACGCAGUGGAGUUUCGGGCACGACUCAACUCCUUCAUACUUCUG